UCCUUCUCGAAUCAAACACAUUUGGCGAAGAAAACAUAGCCUUAUUAUUAACUCUUCUAAUCUCUAUUAAUUAAUUAGAUUUGAGUUUUGGUGAAACAAAAACACUCACCAUGGAAGCUCGUUUCAAAAUCUUCAACACUUCUCUUCUAAGUCGCCACUUAACAUUAACAACUCACAAAACCAAAACUUCACCAUCCAUUUUCCCUUACCGUUACCAACGACUCCCUCUCAGGAAAAUCUCUUCAACUCUCACUCGUUUUUCCCAUUCAUCUAUUCCUCCAAAUUCGGAUCCUCGCAGAUUCUUCUCUUCCGUAACCUCUUCUCAAAAUCUCAACUUUUCAAACCCUACCAACAAUCUCAACAACCCAUUUCCCUCUCAUUUACAUGGUGACUCUAUCGUUUGGAACCCAGCUUCUCAAAACGGGAAUCAAAAAGGGUUUUACGGUGGAAAAAAACGUGAUGUUAUGGUGGUUUUGUUGGGGUGGUUAGGAUCCAAAACUAAACAUCUCAAGAGAUAUGCAGAGUGGUACAAUGCGCGUGGAAUUCACGCGGUUAGUUUCGUCGUUGACAUGAAGGGGAUUAUGGGAUUUGACUAUGGGCGUAUGCUUGAGAAACGAACAACUCUGUUUGCAGACCAACUUGCUUCUUGGGUUUCUGGAGGGGAAAAUGAUGGAAGAGAAAGGUGUUUGGUUUUUCACACUUUCAGCAACACUGGUUGGUUUGUCUAUGGUUCUAUUCUUGCUAGAUUUAUGGAUAGUCAUGUUGUUAUGGAGAAGAUUAAAGGAUGCAUUGUUGAUUCCGGAGGGGCAGAACCUUUUAAUCCUCAGGUUUGGGCUGCUGGUUUUGCUGCUGCUAUAUUGCAAAAACACAGCUCUUCAACCCAAGCCCUGGUCGAUAUCGGAGGCAAGGAUAAAUCCGAGGCAAAGAUUCAACAAAUUGAACCUUCCAUAACUGAAAUUGUUGUGCUUUCGCUGUUAGAGAAGAUAUUCUCAUUUCUUUUGAUGUUGCCGGAAACGAAUCAGAGGUUAGGGAGGGUUUUAAAUCCCCUUUCGGAGCACCAGCCUUGUCCUCAGCUCUAUAUGUAUAGUACAGCUGACAAAGUAAUUCCGUUUCGAUCCGUGGAAGCAUUCAUUGAGGAGCAGAGGAAGAAAGGAAAAAGGGUGAGAUCCUUUAACUUUGGUUCAUCUCCUCAUGUGGAUCAUUAUAGGAAUUUUCCAGAUCUAUAUCUAUCACAAGUUGACGAAUUCUUGAACGAGUGUUUCGAUACAAACAGACCACAGAUGCACGUGUUAAGUUCCAGUCCCCUUGAAGUGUAAAAUUAUUUGAUGCAAUCAGUGCUAGCAUAAUUCUUUUGUUGAUUAAUACAAUACAAGAUCAAGUGACCAAGAGAAACCCAACACAACCAAGUGAUCUGAUGAGGCCCCAGCUUCUGGUUUUGUUAGAUUGGCGAUGAAGAAGCUUACAUGAAGUCGAAACUACGCGCCCAUAUUUGGAACAAAUUGAUUCAAUAUUGGUUAUAUGUAGUAUAUUUAAACUAUAUAAAAAGAAAUAAAACGAGGACUUAUCCACCUUUUUGUAUCCAAAUUUUCAUCUUAAAUAAUGCAUUUGGUCCGAAUUAGAUUUAAA